UAUUUCCCAAUUUAUAUUUCAACAUACAUAAAGAACAAUCUUAGGGACAACUCAACGCGAAAAAAUGUCACGAUAUACCACGAUAAGAAGUCCAAAUCGCUUUCGAGUCGGGAGUUACCGCACAGAUGAAAGCGACACUGAUGAUGCCGAUGCUGAAUGUGAUGAACCUGUUGAUCAUGAUUUCCAGAUGCUGCCGAUCCGUGGCAAGAAAUUCAUCAACAAGGGCCGAUGGACAAAGGAAGAGGAUGAUAGGUUGAAGAGAGUUGUUGACUCGCAUCACACAGAUUGGAAACGUGUUUCAGGCUUCUUCCCUGACAGAACUGAGGGCCAGUGCCAGCAUAGAUGGCAUAAAGUCCUCAAUCCUGAAUUAGUGAAGGGCCCCUGGACGAAAGAGGAGGAUGAGAAAGUCCUUCAGUUAGUUCAGCAGUACGGACCGAAAAGAUGGACGCUCAUCUCGAAGCAUCUGAAGGGCCGCACAGGCAAACAGUGCCGGGAAAGAUGGCACAAUCAUUUGAAUCCGGACAUCAAGAAGUCAGCGUGGACCGAGGAUGAGGACAGAUUGAUUUAUCAGCUUCAUAAGAAGCUUGGGAAUCGUUGGGCAGAGAUUGCCAAGUAUCUGCCUGGAAGAACCGACAAUGCCAUAAAGAACCACUGGAAUUCCACAAUGCGGCGCAAAUUUGAAAAUGAAGAGGAGGUCCAGCGCCGUACGCAGCAGAGUCAAGCAUUUACCAGCGGCUACAAUAACACACCGAACUUCAACGGACUACAGCCUGUACGGCUGUUUCAGAAUCGCCAUUAUCCGUUGAAUCACUCGCAGGGCAAUACUGUGAUAUUGCAGAACGGCAACAGUCAUAUCAUUGGUACUAUUGCGGAUGCUCCACAGCGCACAUACAAUCAACCUACAUAUAACAUGUACAACCAGCAGUGGAGCCGACCGGCAAGUACCGUUCCUGUGAUGGUCCAGCGGACGGAACCACAGGCUGCGUCGCCGAAGAAGUCUCUGAUGAUGGAUCCGGAAGGUCUCCUCUCACCGCUGAAGUGCAUCCCAGACUUGGCAGACAUCAUCGCAGAUGGCAGCAACUUUGGUGAGAUGACCACGCUUGAUCUCAUCAACGGCACGAGCGCAACCACUGGUGUCACACCCAUCAAGUUCACUACCUUGAAGAAAGGUGGCAGCAGCUCAUAUCGAUUCGAUGGGAAUGCAGUGUCGGCUCUGAAAGACUCAAAAUCCGGCGGAGGACUCAUCUCGAUCACAUCGUCGCCGGUCACAAAUCGUCUCAGUACGCCACCUAUACUCCGAAAGAGUAAGCGUAAGAGAACGGUAUCCUUCCAGGUGCAACAAAAACACAGUCACAGCAACACUGAGAACCAGCCACCAGCCGCCGAGUCACAUAAUCAGGAUGACAUCGUCAAAUCGGAGCCCGGCGUGAAGAUUAAGAAAGAGCCAAUGACACCUACGAAAACGCCCAUCAAGGAUUUACCUUUCUCACCAUCACAGUUCCUGAAUGAGCCGUUUGGUGAGAAGUUGACGUCUACCCCGGUGUGUAAGAAUCUGCUGACGACCACGCCAGUGCGCAAUGGCCCUUUUACCAGCGGCAACAUUGAUACACCAACGCUCAGCCUCCCAGAUAGCACCUCAAAGACGACCCGCUUCCGCACCCCAAAGGUGAAGCGAUCGAUUCUAGAUGCAACGCCGCGAACUCCUACACCGUUCAAAAAUGCUCUCGCCGAAAUGGAAAAGAAGAGCGGCCCGUUGACAUGCAGUAUACUGGCCACCAAUGAACUUGUCGAGGACUUGAAUGAGGUGAUUAAGGAAGAUACAGCUCACUAUCACGAGCCCGGUAUUGCCCCGUUGCCGCGCGAGGAUCUCCACAGGAGAAAAACCAACAAAGAGAAUAUGACACCGACCAAGAAGGCGAGAAAGUCUUUGGAUCAGAAGUGGUCAACCCCUGGAGACAUGCAUCUGUUUGGUGGAGGCGACUCGCUGAUGUUGAUGCCAGAAACACCGAGCAAGUCGCUGCUGGGUGAAUCAAGCCUCGUGUUCUCGCCGCCGUCGAUCAUCAAAGACCUACAGGACGAAAACCUCUCCUUGAACGAUGCGUUCACGCUGCCUCAUUCAUCGCACAAGACGCCGAGCGGUUUGAGACCGCAGAAGAUUCGCUUCGCUGAAACGCCCAGUAAAGAUUUCCCCAGGUUAAACUUCGGAUACGAAAUGGUCGCAUGUGGGAAGACACAGGACCAACUCGAGUUAACAGAACAAGCUCGGAUGUGGAUGAGCACAAUUCGACCCAGGACCUUGAUACUGUAACGCCAGCAUCACAUGUGGCUUGGAAAUCUUUAAAUCCAAUUGUGCUGGUGAAGUUGGGCUGCUGUCUUUAUGGGCUUGGAGGCGGUUAGAACCUUUCUGUGCUUUUUUAUGAUCCAUACAAAUUCAUCCUAUACGCCUUCUGCCUUACCGAGCCGCUAUAAAUCGACCUGAUUUCCCCUCAACAAUCAUCUUUACACACUUUCUAACAAGGAUUCAGCGCUCUGUCUCCUUCAGAAAGGUCCUGUGCUGCAUUCGAUUCAAUCAGUUUUUCACAUGAUGCACUAUUUUGCACAAGUGCGUGCCUUGAAACUGGUCUGGUCUUUUCGGAAAAGUUUGGAAAUUUCCAAGACCAUGCAAAAUGGUGCCAAUUGAACUGAGUCGAAAGCAGGGCAGGGAAUUUUUGAACCAAAGCAACUAAUGGCUGCGCUAGGCAAAUUUUACCACUGCCAUGGCAGUUGCCGUUUAAGUUUUAAAUUCAAGGCCUGGAUGUAUAAGGAUGUUCACAAUGCAAAAAGAGAAAAUUGGGUCCAAUUACACGGGUUCGUGCUGAGGUAGAAAGGCAUUUUACCGGAUGUUUGAAGCUUCUUGGCUCAGGGUGGCUGGUUUCACUCUCCUAUUUCACAAAUGUUUUUUCGAAUCCAAUCCAAGCAUAUGACACAAGAAGAAAGAGAUGAAUGUUCUUUUUCCCAAUUACACUGAAUGAUUUCACCAUGAUGGAGCUGGGCUCCUGAUUUUCCUGAUUUAAAAAGGUCUUCUGUAGCCGUAUACUUUUUGCUCUGCCGAAUUUUUGCGAAACACCCUUUGAAGAUUACGUGUAUGUUUACUGUAAACAGUAAAGUUUUCGCGAAACACCCUUUGAAGAUUACGUGUAUGGUUACUGUAAACAGUAAAGUUUUCGCGAAACACCCUUUGAAGAUUACGUGUAUGGUUACUGUAAACAGUAAAGUUUUCGCGAAACACCCUUUGAAGAUUACGUGUAUGGUUGCUGUAAACAGUAAAGUUUUCGCAAGACACCCUUUGAAGAUUACGUGUAUGGUUACUGUAAACAGUAAAGUUUUCGCGAAACACCCUUUGAAGAUUACGUGUAUGGUUACUGUAAACAGUAAAGUUUUUCGCGAAACACCCUUUGAAGAUUACGUGAUUCACCCACCAGUUGCAGCAAGCAAAAUUGCUUGUCUGCAGGGAGCUUUUAGUAGCCUACUUUUAGUCCAUGAAUGAAGCUUGGUUCUGUGAAAAUAUCCAGAGAUCACAGGAUUUCUACUAGUCCCGUAUAAGUUAUGUCGGAUAAAGCUGCCUUUUGUAUGUCCCACCCAUUUUGUUUUAAAUUAAAAACCUGUUUUAAAAUGGUUGUAUAAAAAAACGAUAAAAGCGAAAGUAUAAAAAGUAUUGCAAUGUUUUAGUUCCUUGUGGCGUGGACGCACUUUUAGUUUCAGUCGAUCGGGAUGUUAGCACUGUCUAACGAGGCAUUGAAAAUGUUAAUAAUUUUAGUUAAUUAGUAAUUAGUAAUUAGUAAUUCAUUUUAUUAGCGUGAUUAGUUGGAACUUUAUUUCAAAUGCUCAAAAUUAGAAAGAAGUGUUUCAAAUGUACAGAUUUUGCCGAUAAUAUUUUGAUUUGCACCUGUGAUUCCUGAAGAAUUAAUUAGUUAGUUUUAACAAAUCGAAACCGCUAGCUGCGGAGUUACGUGUGUAGCUUUUCCGGGUUCAUGAGUAGGUGGGUUAAUAUACAGUAGAACCUCUCUAUUAUGGACACCAUUGGGACUGACAAAUGCUGUCCUUAAUAGAGAGGUGUCCUAAUCAGAGAGGUUAAAAUGAAUGGAAACAACCAACUUGGGACCUAAACUAGUGUCCUUAAUAGACAGGUUGUCCUUAAUAGAGAGGUUGUCCUUAAAAGGGAGGUUGUCCUUAUCCCCUACCCCAUAACACUGUUUUUCAGAUAGAUUUGGCCAAAGGUCCUUGGCUGUCCUCUUCUCACUAAACUGUAAUGGUGUCAUCACAAAUAGUAAUGUUACACCAUGGACAGCCAGUGUGAUAGACUUGGGUCAUUUUACCUUUCAGCCCUUCAAUUAUAUUAGAAAUCCUUGCUCGUACCUGAUUAGUUAUGCAAUACUUGUAUUGAAAGGCUAAGUAAGUUCAUAGAGAAGUUAUAAAUGAUUUCAUUUCUUUUAACCCUUUAUUGUAAUAUAUUGAGUGAAAGCGUUUUCUUUUGCAAGGAGAUUUGCUUUGUUAAACAUUCAGAGCUGUCAACCCAUGGGUAUUUUCAAGAUUAUCUUGUUGUGAAUUUCGUAGCAAAAUAGCUUUGAAGGUCUACACAGGUUUCUUUCACCGAUUCCAUUCAGGGGUUGGCAGCUGUGCAUAUUUUUAUUUGUUUGACGAAUCGGAAUGUUGUUUAUUUUGUUGCGUCUUUUGGAAAAAAUGUUAUGUAACAUGUGUAAGCUUACAUGUAUGUGUGUUGUAAGAGUAUUUUGCUUUCCUCAAUUGAGAUUAAGGAAAUAAUACAGCUGUGGUUUUGGUGUGUGUGUCUGAUUAACAAAGGCCUAAUUCACCGAAUAUAGGCCUUUUGUACAGGCGUCCUUAAUCCGCACAGUAUAUCCGUAUAUCAGUAACACAGUAUAUCGUUUGUUUCUUUUGUAAAGUAACAUUUCAUUUGAUAUAAAUUUGCGUACAUAUUGUUAAGAGGGGCGUCUGCUGGAAGUGAUGAACUCGUGCUCAGUCGGCCAGAUCGAUAUUUCCUGCCGAAUUGUUUUCACGAGACUGAUUUGAAUUGAUAGAGAACACGUUCAAAGUAGGUCAGCGGUUGAUAACAAAUGCGUCAUACACAUCUGGGCAUGGCAUGAUGCACUGUCAAGAUGUGUGUAAAAUUAUUUGUCAUUACCCGCUGGCCAACUUUCAAAGGCAUGCUAUUACAGUUACUUUUAGAUAUGCACAUAUUGCUAGUAUAAAAUGAUCACUUUCAAGCAAAAGUUUGUAACUGUUAUCAUCCUCUUGGGAGGGAAAAAUUAAAUUGAUUGGCAAAAAAUAAAUUUAGAGUAAAUGGCUUUUUAUGUACAUGUACUCUUAGGGAAUGAGUGUAAAAAUAAAUGAUAGUCACGAUAUUGGUAUUGUU